AUGAAGCUAUACUUUGUAAUUGACCAAACAAAUGGUGUUGUCCGUGCUGGAGAAAAGCUUUCUGGAAGACUAAUCAUCCGCUCUAUCCAGCCUGUGCGUGCAACUAACAUUGCGCUCUACUUCAGAGGCAAAGAAUACACCGCAGUUCAGCAUAACGAAACAAGGAAGGUUGGCGACAAUUAUCAGACAGUGAGAGUGACAUCCCACGGAAAACACCAAUUUUUCCGAAUGGACAUGCCAGUCCCAAACCUUUCUUCCGUUAUUUGGAAUGGAAAAACAGUUCGAGGCCAACAUGAAGUCCCCUUUGAAAUAAAACUGCCUCGGAAUCUACCUUCUAGUAUGCAGAUUGAAGAAUAUGGGGACAGCGCUACAAUUGCAUACUGUCUGAGGGCCAAACUCACUGGGUCAGGAUUCUUGAAAAACUACCAAGCCACACAAUCUGUGAAUAUUUUGGCAAGAGCCGAGCCAGCUGAGGCAUCUCCGUACAUCGUGCAACCAACAUCCACGACAAUUAGAUCCUUCGGGUUGGUCAGAAAAGGUGAAAUAACAUAUGGUGCCAAAGUGCCGGUUACGAAGCUGGCACCAGGACAAAAGGCUGAGGCAUAUGUUGCUUUGAUCAACAACAGUGGGAAAAGUGUAAAAGAAGUGAAAGUGGAAUUGACGGAGGUUGUCCAAUGGUCUGCUCAUGGGCACUACAGAACAGUCUACAACCGUCUGUGGACAGAAAGGUUCUCAGAGCAACACUUCACAGGAAGCCAGAAACUGGACAAGGAAAGCUUGAAGAAAAAGCAACACGAUGCCAACAGGAAGCAGAAGAGCUAUCGCCAAGUGCUGGCUGCCGUGAAUGACAAUGAAGGAUCGUCACGAUGCACCAUCCUGGUGCCUCAGGGCUCACAUGAAUCCUUCCGGGGAACGAGUAUCAAGGUUUCCCAUACCCUUCGUAUCAAAAUGAGGACUAAAUUUGGCGCCACCAAUCCUGAAUUCAGCGUGCCCAUUGAUAUUGUACAAGAGAUUCAGCAGAUUCAACCAGCAGUGAAUGACAAAGCCAACCACAUGGAACAAUAUCCAAUUGCUCACGCAGAGCCAAUCCAUGAUGAAGACCAAAUGCUUCACCAUUCUUUGAAGCAUACUCCCAGCAUGAACCCAGACUAUACGUCUGGUUUCAACGAAUACAAUGAGCCUCCAACGAAUCCUAACUAUCGCGGAAUGAGCAAGGCGUCGCGGCGACACAUUGCCACUCCGGCGUACCAGGAGUAG